AUGGCGGACUUGUCGGCUGGCACGCUUGCGGCAGUGGUGGACAUCGCCAAGGAGGCGGGCGAGAAGAUCCGCUCCGUCUUCCACACGCCGCGCGAGGCAUCUGUCGUGGACGACAAGACAGUGGCCAGCAUCGAUCUGGUCACUGACACGGACAAGGCCUGCGAAGACAUUAUCGUCAAACGGCUGCGUGAAAAGUUUCCGGGUUAUGAGGUGCUCGGGGAAGAAAGCGCUUCGGAGAACGGCGGCUAUGCGCUGACAGACGCACCAACAUGGAUCAUUGACCCCAUUGAUGGCACCACAAACUUUGUUCACCGCAAUCCAGAGAUCUCCGUCUCCAUUGGCCUGUCCAUCAAGAAAGUGCCCAAGCUUGGCGUCAUCUACAACCCGAUCCGCGAUGAGUGCUUCACUGCGUAUGAGGGUGCGGGUGCGUCCUUGAAUGGCAAACCAAUCCACGUGGAUGCCCAGCCGACCCGUCUGGACCAGCUGCUCGUCUCCACCAACAUCGGCUACCUCCGCGAUGACAAGGCCAUCCGACACAUGCUCGGGAGCGUGGAGAACAUGAUGAAGCAGAAUCUGCGUGGGCUGCGCAUGCUCGGCACGGCGUGCAACCAAAUCACCGGUGUCGCUUGCGGCCGAACAAACUGCUACUACGAGUGCGGCCCCCACCCUUGGGACGUCUGCGCAGGCGUGUGCAUUCUGCGCGAGGCCGGCGGCUAUGCCUGCGACAUCACGGGCGCCCCGUUCUCUAUGACAUCCCGCAGGUACAUCUGUGCGGCGUCGGAGGCCAUUGCCAACCUCAUCCUCCCACACAUCCAACACCCACUCCCGUUUGAGGACGUCCAGUAG